AUGAGCUCCUGUGAAAAUCAUUACCUGGCUAGUCCUGAUUUUCUAAAAGUAGCUUUCCAUACAAUAACAGCCUUGGCAACUCCAAUACAUGCAUUUCGAUUUUAUUGUAUUGUUUGUAAGACCCCAGUUCACAUGAAAUCCGUCAAAUGGUUGUUGUUCAAUUUACACUGUUGGAGCAUUUUCUUGAUAUUACUAUCAGUUUUCUAGGUAUUCCGUAUAUUUUACUACCUGCUAUGGAAGGGUAUGGACUAGGUCCAAUUGAGUCGCCGGGUCUAUUUUUCUACCUGGGAGUUACAUUUGUCACUGGUGUAAUGACUUCGGUCUUUGUAACUUUCGAGAACCGAUUUCAUAUAUUGUUUGGUCAAAACUCGAUUUGGAGGCAUUUCAGAAAAUAUGCAAUUGUGCUCAGUUAUAUUAUUGUACCAUUAUAAUACGUACCAAUUCAAUUUCUGCUUCCCGAACAAGUAACGGGACGAGAACUUUCUUGGGCGAUGCUUGAAUGUAUGCCUGAAUUGCCAAGUGACGGACGUCUACUAUUUGUUCUUGCAACGGAAAUUCUUGGACCAGCACUCACAAUGGGCCUCUCGGAAACUGUCCCAGCUAUCGAAACUGGAACAUUUCUAACUCUCAAUAUUUAUCACUUGAUAUUUGCGAAUCCAAGUGGGGUUUCCAGGAAAACUGUUCAAACUCAACAUAGGCUCGUCGUCGCUUUGAUUAUCCAGACAUCUGUUACAAUAUUCUUUUUUGUGGUCCCUGUCAACUUUCUAAUAGGAUUUGUAUAUGUCCACUAUCAAAAUCAGAUUCUUAACAAUUUAAUAUUUUUUGCUCUCGCAUGCCACGGCAUAGCUUCCACAUUUAUUAUGAUAUUCGCCGUUUGUACGCGUUUCUCGCAGAUAUUCUACAUCGAAUGUGGUGCCAGUGUUUUCGCCAUCAAGGACUCACUCACUGAGGCAUAUAUAGUUUUUUUUACAGUGGUGGCCAAAAGUAUAUGCGUUUUUUGGUUUUUUGCUAGUUUUUGA